AUGUACCAGCCGGAAGUGUGCCUCGUUCCCCCGGAUACGGGCGAGGGCUUUCAGUUUCCGUUCGCGACGCCGUACCCGAUCCAGCUGGAUCUGAUGCGUUCGCUGUACUCGACGGUCGACGGCAGGCAGGUUGGCAUAUUCGAAAGUCCCACCGGAACGGGGAAAAGUCUGACGCUGACCUGUGGGGUACUGAGCUGGCUGAGGGAUUACGAGGUGGCGAUGGCGCGGGAGCUGGGUGGGAAGAUUGAGCGGUUGAAGGCGGAGAUUGGGCGGUGUUUCGUUCGUUUCGUUCGGCGUUGUGAUAUGGAUUGCAACAAGAAGUUUCAGUUGAUCAAACUGUGGGAACAGCAUCCGGUGCUAUGGGAUCGGGACAAUCCCGAUCGCCUCAGGAAGGAUGCUCAAAAACAAGCCCGCGAAACCAUUGCCACCAAGCUCGGCGUCGAUGUGGAAACCGUGAAAAAAGCCAUGAACGGAUUGAAGGCUCAAUUGUCAGGGGAAUGUACAAAAGUGCGCAAAGGAGGUAAAAAUGGAAACGAUGUUUACAACUCGAAGUGGAUGUACUAUUCGGCUUUGCAGUUUCUGACUCGUGGAAAAUCUGAAGCUGAGGAUAUUGACCCACUGAAUGAUAUAUGGCAGGUUAAAAACGAACACAGUCAGGAUGGCCAAGAAGACCAAACCUGGGAAAAUCACAGCUCGGCAAGUUCUUAUGUCCCAAGCAUCAGUUUCGAUGAUACAGCCCCUGCUCUGGAAAUCCAUAAUUCAACAGGACAACCUUCAAGAGAUCGCACACAUCUGAAACGUAAAAGUUCAUCAUCAGACGGGGCAAAACUUCUUUCCAAAUGCAUUGACAUCCUGUCCGGACAGUCGGAACCGAAGAAGAUGAAAAGCAGAGCCACCAUCCUGGGCGAAUCGACGAGUUCACUGUUGGAAACGCUGUGGGCUGAGGACUUUUCCUUGUACAAAGAGUACGCGGUGGCUUUACGAAAUCUGAACAACAAAUACGAGCAAGCCUAUGAAGAUAAGAUAAACGCUUCGUGACAUGCUGAACAUGAUUAGCUACAAGAGAAAUUGAAGUAUUUCCUGAGAUUCAGUAUUACCUACUCCGAACCUCGCAAUAGCGAAUAUAAACGUUCAGAUAACUACUCUGAUGAAAUCAUUCAUUUUGAUCUCAUGUUUUUAAUAUAGAAUAAUGUAUGAUUGAAUUAAAUAUAAGUAAAAGUAGAUAUUGGUAGAACUGUUCCAUAUAAAAUAAAACUUUAAUUUCGAUGUGUUCGAAAAGGACA